UUGAACUGCGCCCUCUUUAGCGUCUCUGUUGUCGUUGACUACUGUUUAUAUGAUUGUUUGAUCAGCAAAUUUUGUUGUUUUGUGUUAUUAAACAUUCAUAUGCAUUAUUUUUGUUGAUAUUAUUAUAGUGUAUUGUUAUAUUUGUUGAACUCUUGUUGAAUAAUGAGCAAGAAAACAUCUUAUAAAUCCGGCGACUUGGUCUUUGCUAAAGUGAGAGGGUAUCCACCUUGGCCGGCUAGAGUAGAACAAGACCCUCCAGCAGGGAAAAAGGUGCCUAAAAACAAAUAUCCAAUUCUGUUUUUUGGAACAUAUGAAACAGCUGUAUUGGCAGCAAAAGAUCUCUUUCCUUAUGAUCACUACAAAGAAAAGUUUGGAAAGCAGCAGAAAAGGAAAUAUUUCAACGAAGGGCUGUGGGAAAUUGAAAAUAACCCUAGUGUAAAGCCUGGAGCUGGUCAUAUAAGUUCAAAAUCACAUGACAAAGACAACUCCAAGGAUGAAGAUGUGAGUGACGAAGAUGAAAAGCAAUUGGUAAUAGAUGAAAAGCCAAGCAAGGAAGAAGGAGGAUCACAUAAGAGAAAGGGAGAUCACAAGGAAUCUAAAAAAAGUAAGAAAGCUAAAGUUGAAAAGGCAGAUGCCUCUGCUGACGAAGAUGAAAAUGAGCAAUCCAGUGAUGACAAUUUGAAGCAUGAAAAAGCAAAGAAAGAAAAACCAGAUGGAGAUAAAAGUCACAAGCGCUCUCACAAGAAGAAGAAAUACGAUGCUGAUGACGAGUUAGACAAAGAUGAGGAGGAUGAAGAAAAGAACACAGAUUCUGAAGUAAAGAGUUCAGAAAAGAAAGAAGAAAAAAAGAAGAAGAAAGAAGGAAAGGAGAGCAAAAAGCACAAGCAUGGCAAAAGCAAAUCCCAGACUUGAUUGCUUGUUUAUGCUUGUAUGCAUGCAAAAUUGAAAAUUUUUAUAGUUCUUUUCUCUUAAGACCAGUUUUCUUAGGGAAAAGGUUUCUGAAGCACAAAAACACAUCUGAUAUUAUUUUAUUGUUUAACAUUUUGGACAAAGCAUUGCAAUAAUCUUUUAAAACAUACUUUUUGGUGAAGUUGGUGCAAAACAUUUGUGCUAUUUUAUUAUUAUUUUUUAACAAAAUCAUUUUUGUUUUUUUAAUUUUAUCAUUUCAAGUCCAGUACUUUUACUUAGAACUAAUUUUACUGCGAAGAAAUUCCUUACAAAUUUUUAACUUCAUAACCCCUUCUCUAACGGAAUGCAUUAUCAAUGCAGAACAAGUAAACUGAAAAUAAUAAACAAUAACGGGUGGCAUUCGUAAGUACAGACUACUGUGACUACUACUUCCUUAAAAAAUGUCAGGUGAAACUAAAUCAUAUUCUUGGAAAUCUACUUUAUUGUAAGUAUCAUCAUCACCCUGCUUGGAGUAUUGUGGUAGAAAUUAUGUUUAACAAAAUUGCAUUUAUGGACGGUAAUCAAAUAAUUUGAUGAGUUUGGUUUAAAUUUUUUAGUUUAACUCAUUGGCAACUUGCUAGUCC